GACAGCCAGCCCGUAUUAAGAGAGAGUCCACUCGCUGUUACUAUGGAGACAAGUAAACUGUGCACAGGGAAGUGGGAAGAAGAAGAAGAGAAGAGUUGGGUGUACGGACACAAAGGCCAUCGGGAGUAUGCACUUUAACAGAGAGUGUGUUUAGGAGUUGGAUAUAUUUCUCUCUGUCAGCUGAGGAGAACUGAUGAGAUGCCACAUGCACCAAGGUCACCGGCAAACUGUGCCAAGACGCAGACAAAACUGAGCGCCUGGACUCCUCUGAACCACCCUGUGGCAAACAGCAAGGUGUUUGAAGAGAGACGAAGCCUCCUAGCAAAGUGGUUUGAUCGGUGGUCUGACAGUCAGAGGAAGGCAGUGCUGCAGGACUUUGUACUGAGCUGUUCUCAGGAGCAGCUGAGGUUCCUGAGUGUGAGCGUGAGCAGACAGCUCCCCCUGCAGGCUGCAGACUUCACCUGCCUGCUGCCCAGAGCUCUCUGCCUCUACCUCUUCUCCUUCCUGGACCCUCGCAGCCUCUGUCGAUGUGCACAGGUGAGCUGGCACUGGAAGAGUAUCGUGGAGCUGGACCAGCUGUGGAUGCCCAAGUGUCUGAGGCUCGGCUGGUGCUUAAACUUCUCCCCCACACCGUUAGAGCAGGGCGUCUGGAAGAGACACUACAUCCAGACUGUGCAGGAGCUGCGACUCACCCUGCUGCAGACUGCCUCGUCCCAGCAGCAAUUUACCAUUCCAGAUGUAACAAUGCUCAGCAGUGGACAUGAAGAUCUGUUAGAGCCGGCCCUCCUCACAGAGGAGCGUCCACUGUCUGCUACGCAGCGAGCCGGAAGCAGCCUCAGGACCAGAUUAAUAAAAGAGAAGCAGCCGACUGCACCGCCUCCAUGGAGAGAUUCUGACAGAUAUCAAGACACAUUACGCUUUAACUACUUGGACAACCUGGACCCCGUCCAACAAGCCCUGAGGGCGCAAAUGAAAAGCACAGCCUCCACCUGCCGCAGUAACACAUUGAAACCAGACGGCGGGAGCAAGAAAACACUGUCUGAGGCGAAAUACAAACUUCGCAAAGCCAAAUCUCUGAUGUUCCUCAGUUCCAACUGCAGACCCCAACAUCCUCCUCCUCCUCCUCCUCCUCCUCCUCCUCAUCAUCAUCAUCAUCAUCAGACCCAAAGUCGACCUCAGUGGGCAUCUUGCAGUAAUGGUGACACCAUCACCAAGGAGACCGCCAGGAGCCUGCUGCGCCUGGCCCAGUGGAAUGCCGGGAUCUGUCCAGGGCCGGUGAGGGCGGCGGUGCCCCAGCUGAGCGCAGAGGCGCUCAGGGCAUCCCGGCGCUCACACCGGAGCUCUCCCAGUACGUAA